AAUUGGGUUAUGUUUUCCAUACUUGACGAAACAGUGGACUGAUAACAAUGUUAGUUCCAACAAUAUUGCUUAUUGUAUUAACAAUAUUGUUGCUUAUUUACGUUAUAGGAAAAAAUAAUGAAAACUAUUGGAGGCGACGCGGUAUCAAAUUCCACGAUAGAAAUAAAGUGGCAGGUGUUUUUUGGGAUUUCUUGACUACUGACAAACCGUUGUUCGAAAUAGUUGGAGAUAUUUACAAACAAUAUCGCGAUGAACCAGCUGUCGGUUUUGGCGGCUUCAUGACUCCAACGCUACUAGUCAAUGAUUCAACGAACCUCCAACACGUAUUCCAAACAGAUUUUCAUUCAUUUAGUCAACGAGGGACCGAAAUCAAUAAGGACGAUCGUUUGGCUGAUAACAUUCUGUUCAUGAAUGGUAACAGAUGGAAACUAGUGCGGCAAAGUAUGACACCAAUCUUCACCAGCGCGAAAUUGAAGAAUAUGUUCUACAUAAUGGACAAAAGUGGAAAAGAUUUCAUUGAUUACCUGAAGAAGAAUCCAGAAAGAUUAAAGGGAAAUGCUUUCGAAUCUAUAUCAACAUUUUGCUGCGCCGCCAUCGGAGCUGCCGUUUUUGGUGUUGUCUCCGAAUCAGUUUUCGAUUCACCUUUUAUGGAUAUAUCUAGGAGAGUUUUCAGAAGUACCUUCGUAAGAAAAAUUAAAGGGUCAAUUGUCAAUUUAAGCCCGUGGUUAACGAAGACGCUGAACAUCAAACUAUUUUCUGAGCAUGAAGACUUUUUCAUAGGUGUCGUUAAGAAAAUGAUUCGCCAACGUGAACAGCAAGAAAUAGGUCAGAAACAUGAUUUUGUAGAUAUGUGCGUGAGUUUACAAAGAAAUGGCACUUUAAUAGAUAAGGACACUGGAUUGGAAUUGGAACCUACAGAUGAGUUGUUAGCAGCACAGGCUUUCUUUUUCUAUUUGGCUGGAAUCGACCCUAGUGCUGCGGCCAUAUUUGCCUGCUUAAUGGAAUUAGGUAGACAUCCGGAACACCUCCAAAAAGUCCACGAUGAAAUAGAUAUGACUUUUGAGAAACUUAAUGGUCAAUUGACUUACGAGUCUGUCAUGGAAAUGGAGUAUUUAGAAAAAGUCUUAUGUGAAAGCUUACGGGUAUUGCCUCCCGUCGGAUUUUUAGUGAGACAAUGUAAUCAGGAUACUGUGUUGCCUGUAGGAAAUAUUAAGAUUGAAAAAGGUACUAAAAUAUUUGCAGCAGUGUAUGAAAUGCACCACGACCCCAAAUACUUUCCGGAUCCAGAAGUGUUUGAUCCGGAGAGAUUUGCUUCGAAAUCGGCUCAAGACAAUAUUGUAUACAUGCCAUUUGGCAAAGGGAAUAGGCUAUGUAUUGGAAUGAGGUUUGCCCGUCUGCAAGUUAAAACUGGAUUGAUACAUUUUCUUCGACAUUUCACAGUGAAAACUAAGAUAGAUGGUGACAAACUCCAGUUUGCCAGGGAGAUUCAAGUUAGACCAACUAAUGUAGAAAUCGAAUUUAUACCUAGAAAAAUGAAAGAUUUGUAAAUAAACUAGGUUGGAUGAAGUUACUACUGUAUGUAAUGUAAUAACAGUGAAUUGGACGAAUCAAGCAAGAGUGGCAUCGUUAUAAAUAACGGAUAAAGUUUGUGAUAAAAAUAUGUUUGUUCUAAGAAUAGAUAGCGCAAUUGUGGUGUAAUUUUAUCAUACGAUUGUACCUGGCAACAAGCAAUUUUUGUGAAGAAUUUGAAGUAGUUUCUGUUUUUGUGAAAUCACAUAUGUUUUAUUGAUGACUCUUUUUACCACAUGUCCCGAAAUAUUUUACUAGUAGAUGUUUGCGGAAUGAUUGAUAAUGAUAACUCUUCUUCUUCCUGGCUUUAGACCUUCAGCUAUUGCAAAUAAGAUGAGUAUUGUGUGUGUAUAAGUGAAGAACAUUGUUGUGAUAUUUAGUAUUUGAUUCUCAAUAUGUAAAUAAAAUAUGAACAUUAUUUAAAUUUUAUUGCAUAAAAAAUACAAACCUCAUAAUUUUAAAAUACCUUAGGUUGUUGAAUCAGUUUUCCAUAGAACAAGCUUUAAACUAACGUUGACACUAGAUUAAUCUGUGUGAUUAGUCCAGUAAACAAUUAUAUAAAUUUGCGUACCUGUCCUCAAUCUUGAAAGUGGACCAACCUAAUUUAAAUAUAUAUUUUAUAAGCGUAAUAAUAGUUUGUUAAGGUAAUUAGAUAAAGCAGUUAGAUAAUUUAUGUUUGUAAGUAACCAAGUCAGACAUUUGUCAAAUUUUAUUAGAUGUCAUAAGGUAAAUGAUUACUAAUCCCUGGUAACUAACUAAUGUGAUGCUAUUGUAUAAUGGAAAAAUAUGCUUGGACGUUUUUAAUAUUGACAAUGAUACAAGGCAAGAGGCCGCUCGCGACUUCGUCCGCAUGGAAAACCUAUCAAUCCCGCGGGAGUUCCGGGAUAAAAGGUAGCCUAUAUGUUAUUCUGGGUCUUCAGCUGCCUAUGUACCAAAUUUAAUCGUAAUCGGUUCAGUAGUUUUUGUGUAAAAGAGUAACAAACAUCCAUACUGAUAUACUCAAAAACUUUCGCAUUAAUGAUAUACGAGUAUGUAGGAUAAGUAGCAUGGCACGCGCGACGCUGUUUUUAUCGCGCGAUAAACUACAACUGAUUCGCCUUUUAUUAAGGCACUAGCUGUUCCCGCGACUUCGUCUGCGUGAAAAGUUAUUUUGGGCAUCAUUGAAGCCCUCAAGGGUGAAUAAUUUUCCUCGUUUGUUUCACAUUUUCCAUUAUUUCUUCGCUUCUUAUAGUUGCAGCGUGAUAUUACAUAGCCUAAAGCCUUCCUCGAUAAAUGUUCUUUUCAACACAAUAAUAAUUUUUCAAUUCGAACCAGUAGUUCCUGAGAUUCGUGCGUUCAAACAAACAAACAAACAAACAAGCAAACUCUUCAACUUUAUAAUAUUAGUAUAGAUGACAGGGACAGCAAUAGUUUAACGGGAUAAAACCUGCGUCGCGCGUGUCAUGCGCCACGCAAGAAGUGAUCGUAUUGAUGUUAUUAGCUUUCAAUAAAUAAAAAUAUAAAAUAAUCUAAACAAAUCAAACAACGGGUAACGUACGAGUUCAUGAUAAAAUGCAAUUAUUUACAUGAACUUAUUAUCAAAGUGCUAUAUAAAUUACCAAGAGAAUCUGUUUGCUCGAUUAUUGAGUGGAUUCAUAUAGUGGAAACAGUCAGCUAUUAAACAUGUGGUUUACAAUUAUA